AUGCUGCUCAACGCUAAGCAGCAGCUGUUGAGUCAAUCUACCGUGAUCUGGUGGAUUCUGCUGCAAGGCGUCGUGGUUUCUGUGCUCAUGAGCAUGUUGUGGGGCCAGACAGCAUCAGUCUUUGGAGCUAGACAUAGUAUAGCCAUGCUGCUGCUCACCCACCUUGGAGGUAUGGUGAGCACCACUUCCAGUGUCGUCUUCUACCCCUUCGUGGCCAGCUUCCCGCCACUCUUUACAAGCGCGUUGGCAACUGGGGAAGGGCUUAGCGGCUCCCUUGCAGCGCUACUGGGUGUUGUGCAAAAUCCCGGGGGUCAACUGAAGUUUUCCGUGUCGACCUUCUACCUCAUUUGUGCUACAAUCAUGUGUGUGUCGCUGGUGGCGUUUGCCUUCCUACAGUACCAUCCGUGGGCUCACGAGGCGAAGACAUCGGAGGAACUCACAGCUGCACGAGAAGCUGAAGAGGACGCGCUACUCACUCGCAACGCCUGCGGUAGUUGUCCUCGCUCUACAAGUGCAAGUACAGUGACGAUUCCGUCGCAGACAACUACGCAGUGCUCUGAAGCCACAUCUGGAGCUGGUGCUUUCCGGCAAGUGUGGCAGCUUCUGGCUUGCCAGUGGGUAUUGGCUGCGUUCUCGUUCGGAUGGCUGCCAUCUACCAUGCCUUUUGUGUACAAGAAAUUUGCGGUGCAAAACGCAGCAAUUGCGACUGCGCGUUUCCAGACGACUGCCAGUAUUGCGGCGCUCAUUCUCUCUCCUCUGGCAAGCGUGUCCACAACGUAA